CGGUACAAGUUACUGAAUCCGCGUCUCUGGACACCUCCCUCUCUUCCACUCUCUUUCAGAAAGUCUUCUUUGACCACCUGCUUCCUCUUCUUCCUCUCUCUUACCCAAAACCAACCUUCUUCCUCCCUUCCUUCCUUUUUCCCAUCUUUUCUUCGUUGCAAUUUAUUCACACUCCCAUUUCAUUUGAUGGUAUUCAUUCCCACUUCUCCCACCCUUCCAUCAUGGGUGCCUGCUUCUCUACCCGCAAAGUCACUGGCUCCUCCAGCAACACCCAUAGCAAUUCCCACACUCCAAGAGAAAACAAGCCUUCUACAACAACAACAACAACUUCAACUGCUCAACAACUAAAGAAGCAGGGCAACCCACCACGUGAAAACCAUAAGAAGAAUUCACAUCAGCUAAAGCAGCAGAACCAGCCCAAAGAUAAGGGGCAUUCCAAGCGUCCCAGCGGCGUCAUCCCUUGCGGGAAGCGCACCGAUUUCGGCUACGAUAAGGAUUUCGACAAGAAGUAUUCGAUCGGAAAGCUUCUCGGUCACGGUCAGUUCGGCUACACGUUCGUUGCCACUGAUAAGGCCACCAAGGAUCGUGUCGCUGUCAAGCGGAUAGAUAAGAAUAAGAUGGUUCUUCCUAUUGCUGUCGAGGAUGUUAAGCGGGAAGUCAAGAUACUACAAGCCUUGACAGGCCAUGAGAAUGUGGUUCAGUUCCAUAAUGCAUUUGAAGAUGAUUCAUAUGUUUAUAUAGUUAUGGAGUUGUGUGAGGGCGGUGAACUGCUGGACCGCAUACUGGCGAAAAAGGAUAGUCGUUAUACUGAGAAAGAUGCAGCAAUAAUAGUCCGCCAGAUGCUCAGAGUUGCAGCACAGUGUCACUUACAUGGUUUGGUACAUCGCGACAUGAAACCUGAGAAUUUUCUUUUCAAGUCCACAAAGGAGGAUUCACCGUUAAAGGCAACAGAUUUUGGUCUGUCAGAUUUUAUAAAGCCAGGAAGGAAGUUCCAAGAUAUCGUUGGUAGUGCUUAUUAUGUCGCACCGGAGGUGCUGAAGCGCAGGUCUGGCCCCGAAUCAGAUGUUUGGAGUAUUGGUGUGAUUACAUACAUUUUGCUUUGUGGAAGGCGUCCCUUUUGGGACAAAACAGAGGAUGGAAUAUUCAAGGAGGUUUUAAAAAACAAGCCUGAUUUUCGCCGCAAGCCCUGGCCAAGCAUAAGCAACAGUGCUAAAGAUUUUGUUAAGAAGUUAUUAGUGAAGGAUCCUCGUGUGAGACUGACUGCAGCUCAAGCCUUGUCACAUCCAUGGGUGAGAGAAGGGGGAGAUGCAUCAGAGAUCCCUGUGGAUAUAUCUGUUCUAUCCAACAUGCGUCAAUUUGUGAAAUACAGCCGUUUGAAACAAUUUGCUCUUAGGGCAUUAGCAAGUACACUAAAUGAAGAGGAGUUGGCUGAUAUCCGCGAUCAGUUUGAUGCAAUUGAUGUGGAUAAAAAUGGAUCAAUUAGUCUUGAAGAAAUGAGACAAGCCCUUGCCAAAGAUCUUCCUUGGAGAAUGAGAGAGGCACGUGUUUUGGAGAUUCUUCAAGCCAUUGAUAGCAACACGGAUGGCUUGGUGGACUUCACUGAGUUUGUGGCGGCAACUUUGCAUGUGCAUCAAUUGGAGGAACAUGACUCUGAGAAGUGGCACCAACGCUCUCAAGCGGCUUUUGAGAAGUUUGAUGUUGAUAGAGAUGGAUACAUCACACCCGAUGAAUUAAGGAUGCAUACAGGUUUGAAGGGCUCCAUUGACCCGCUGCUAGAGGAGGCCGACAUCGACAAAGAUGGGAGGAUAAGCUUGUCGGAAUUCCGCAGGCUUUUGAGAACUGCAAGCUUGAGCUCACGCAACGUGCCCAGUCCAUCCGGUUUACGCAACUCCAGCAAGUAGACCAUAUGGAGAUGGUUGAUGAGAAAAAGAAAAUAGAGGGUUGUGGGAGAUCAAGCCGAUGCUCAUUUUGCAAUCUCAUAGACUACAUUGCAGCCAUUCCUGUGUCCCACCUCAUUUCAUGUUUGCGUGGUCAACUGAAGAAUAGGAAAUCAAUGGUUAAUCUGCAUGGCCUCAUCAAGACCAUGUUGCUUCAAGAAGAACCCGGUUUCCCAACUUUUCACCGACGAGCAGUUCCGGUAAAAUGUUCUUCCACACACUACUGUACAUCCUUAGGCUUGAAGGGGCCUCUUUCGUCUUGCUUGGCAAAUGUAAUGUGACUACAUCUAUCAAUGCCAAUUUGGUGUUUCGAGCUGGUAGCAUCUCAUGUUUGUGUAAUGCAACAUUUUUCGUAAUUCUAUUUGUUAUUUUCCUAUUGCA